GACAUAAGAGAGAAAAUAUUUAAAAGUCUUACCUUUUACAGUAGGUCAAAGAUGCUGGCAGCGGCUGUACAGUCAGUAUGAUCUAAUUUUAUAUUAAUUAGAUUAUUAGAACAAACUCUGAGUAUUUCUACUUCUUUGUAUAGCUUGGGGAACAGGCACAGUCUCAAUGUAAUGAAACCUGUGUGAUGACUCUAUGCAGGCAGCAGACAGUUAGUUUAGCCUGUCCGUCUGCUCCCUGGCCUUGGCUCUGGAUUGUCGUGGAUUAACUAGGCCUGUUCUGAGACUAUGAGCUAUGCUGCGAGAAAUGAGAGCAGCAUCUUCCCGAGUGGGAUGGAUACCGUCCCGCCCUAACAGAUUUGUUUGAUCCUUAGCUGUGUGAGGACAUGAAAACAGAGACAUCCAUGGAUGGAGAGACCUCAGAAGCCUGUGUGAAGAAAGAGGAGACGCUGGAGCUGAAUACCUACAGCUAUGGAGACGAUCUCGACAACCCACCUGAAGGUCUCUCCAUUAAAGUGGAAGAUCCUGACGAUAAAGACUAUCUCUACUGUGAAGUUUGCAAAUCCUUCUUCCUCAACAAAUGCGAGGUUCAUGGACCACCCCUCUUCAUCCCCGAUACUCCUGUUCCCAUGGGAGUCCCUGACCGAGCCAGACAAACACUUCCUCCUGGACUAGAAAUCCAGAAGUCCAGUAUUCCUGAUGCAGGCCUGGGAGUGUUCAAUAAGGGAGAGACUGUUCCAGUAGGUGCACACUUCGGCCCCUGCCAGGGAGAGCUGGUGAACCGAGAGGAAGCCAAGAACAGUGGAGACUCCUCGGUUGUAUACAGGAGCAUGCAGUGUGAAGAAUACAUCGAUGCCAAAAGAGAGACGCAUGUGAAUUGGAUGAGGUAUGUGAAUUGUGCCCGUAAUGAAGAAGAACAGAAUCUUGUGGCAUUUGAGUAUCAAGGGGGAAUUCUGUAUCGUUGCUGUCGAUCCAUUAACCCAGGACAGGAGCUCUUGGUGUGGUAUGAAGAGGAGUACACCAAAGAACUCAGUCCUGCACCUACAGGAACAACCAGACAGCAAGAAGUAAAGAAUGCUCUGCUGCAAGUCUUUUCAUGCUCCACAUGCCCUCGUUCCGAUGCAUCUCCAAUUUACCUCGACAAGCAUAUCCAGAGAUGCCACUAUGAAGAGUACAUGAGACUGCGAGAAUCAGGAGAGAUUAAAUAUAAGCUUCAGAUCCCCUCCAAAUGCUCCAGUCGUCAACCAACAUCAACUGAUAUUAUCCAUUCUGAUACUUCCCAUAAUGAUAUACAGAAGGAAAUUCACCACUGCUCAGAUUGUGGAAAGAGUUUUAGUUAUCAGAAUGCACUCAAGACACACCAGCGCAUUCACACAGGAGGAGAUCCACAUCACUGCUCACAGUGUGGUAGGAAUUUUACUUACCAGAGUGCUCUCAAAACACAACAGCGCUUUCACACAGGAGAGAAGCCGUAUCACUGCUCACAGUGUGGAAAGAGUUUUACUCGUCAGAGUCAUCUCCGACUACACCAGCGCAUUCACACAGGAGAGAAGCCGUAUCACUGCUCACAGUGUGGAAAGAGUUUUACUCAGCAGAGUACUCUCCAAAUACACCAGCGCAUUCACACAGGAGAGAAGCCGUAUCACUGCUCACAGUGUGGGAAGAGUUUUACUCGUCAGAGUCAUCUCCAACAACACCAGCGCAUUCACACAGGAGAGAAGCCGUAUCACUGCUCACAGUGUGGGAAAAGUUUUACUCAGCAGAGUGCUCUCCAAAUACACCAGCGCAUUCACACAGGAGAGAAGCCGUAUCACUGCUCACAGUGUGGGAAGAGUUUUACUAGUCAGAGUGAUCUCCAACGACACCAGCGCAUUCACACAGGAGAGAAGCCGUAUCACUGCUCACAGUGUGGGAAGAGUUUUACUCAUCAGAGUGCUCUCCAACAACACCAGCGCAUUCACACAGGAGAGAAGCCGUAUCACUGCUCACAGUGUGGAAAGAGUUUUACUCAUCAGAGUCAUCUCCAAACACACCAGCGCAUUCACACAGGAGAGAAGCCGUAUCACUGCUCACAGUGUGGAAAGAGUUUUACUCGUCAGAGUCAUCUCCGACUACACCAGCGCAUUCACACAGGAGAGAAGCCGUAUCACUGCUCACAGUGUGGAAAGAGUUUUACUCAGCAGAGUACUCUCCAAAUACACCAGCGCAUUCACACAGGAGAGAAGCCGUAUCACUGCUCACAGUGUGGGAAGAGUUUUACUUGUCAGAGUCACUUCCAAACACACCAGCGCAUUCACACAGGAGAGAAGCCGUAUCACUGCUCACAGUGUGGAAAGAGUUUUACUCGUCAGAGUCAUCUCCGACUACACCAGCGCAUUCACACAGGAGAGAAGCCGUAUCACUGCUCACAGUGUGGAAAGAGUUUUACUCAGCAGAGUACUCUCCAAAUACACCAGCGCAUUCACACAGGAGAGAAGCCGUAUCACUGCUCACAGUGUGGGAAGAGUUUUACUCGUCAGAGUCAUCUCCAACAACACCAGCGCAUUCACACAGGAUAGAAGCCGUAUCACUGCUCACAGUGUGGGAAGAUGUUUGCUUGUUUAGUUACAUUUAAGACCUUCAAGUGCACUAACUCAGAGACACUGCAUGAUUUAAAGUUGUUAAAUUAAAUAUGGUUGUUACAGUUUUAACUGAAAAUGACCUGUACUUUGAACUUUAUUGUUCAUGUUACACUGGUCAACAAUUUUUCAGAAGUUGUCUGCUUCAGAGAUGAAAUUGGCUAUUAUGAAAUUUGGUGUGUUGAAUUAGAAGUGACAGUUAAUCAGCUGAUUGGCUAUGGCUUCCAAGAUAUUUAAGAUUUUAAAUUUUAUACUUAUGUACAUUGUGUAGAUCAUAAUGUUUUAAAUAUAAAUUGUAAAACUAGGUCUCUUCAUGUGUUUAUGGUCAGUUUACAUGAUAUUUCACCUGUUCUCUUUGUUACACUAGAAAAUCAGCAAAAAGUUUAUAUAAAUAAAAUGUAUUAUGAACCAAA